CGGACUCAACAGAAGUUCGAGGCCGAUCAGAUGGAGAGGGUUGCCAGGUAUGCAGCGGAGCGCGGACUGGAUGUGCCCGACACGGGUGGUGCAAGGGGAGGAGAGGCGGGGCGGCGCCCGGUGGAGGGAGGGGUCGGGGGAAAUGGUGGGCAUGGUGCACCAGACCCCCCUUUGGAAGCUGGAGGCAGUGAGACGGAGGAGGGCGUGAUCCACAUCGAUCGCGAGGCACGUGGCCCGGGCGAGGAGGGAGUCCCGAAACCCGAGGACGAGCCAGAGUUUCAUCCAGGCACUGGGGAGAGGAUGGAGGGCUGGCGGAGGCGAGCAGGCAAGGGAGCUGCAACGGAGGGGUGUUCCAAGAGGAAGGAAGGAGGAAGUGAUCCGACUGCCACCCCAACAGGAAAGAGGCUUCCCAACCAAAAUGUGACUGAUGUCUACGGUGGCGAGUGGGUUGCUCGCCACAAGAAGGCAUUCCUUCGAUGGCUCUAUUCCAGCGGGGUCUCCUUCCAUGCCUUUCACAACCAGGCUUGGAAGGCAUAUCAACAGGUGCUUCUUGGGCAGCCUGCCAAUUCCCCGCGCGCUGUGCUCCCCAACCACAGCAAGAUUGCGAGUAUGUGGGAGGUGGAGACCCACCGUGCGGAGCUUGCGGAGGAGUUGGAGGAGGUGAGGCAGCCAUUCUGGGUGACUGGUGCCACCCUCCUCUCCGAUGGGAGGAAAUCACGAGACGGGAGACCGAUCGUGAAUUUCCUUGCCGCUGGCUCGCGAGGGGUCGUCGUGUACACGACGAUCAAUCGAGAGGGCGAGCCGGACGAUGCAGUGCACGUCCUUCGGAGAUGGGUUACCAUCUUCCACGAGUUCAGCUUUGGCGGGCUGCAGCGGGUCAAGGCGAUAUGCACUGAAUCCGCUUCUGCUUACGUGGGGGCUGCAAGGGCAUUGGCCUCGUCGUCCAUGCCUCUUGCACUGAGGAGGAUCACUUGGCUCCCAUGGGACCCAUGGUGGCAGAGGGUGGCCACCAUCGUCCAUAUCAUGCAGCCCGUCAUGGAGUUGCUUAGGCGGAUGGAUCGUGGAGGACAGUACAUGUCCCUCAUGAUCGAGUGGACGGAGGAUCUUGUCCGCUGUGUCACGAACCCAUGCGCCCCUUUGGGGAAGUCGCUCGCCGACCGGAUCAUUAGGCGUGUGCAGGCUCGCACACAGCAUUUACUUGAGCCGGCUCACUGCGCAGGGUUCUUACUGAAACCCCGCACGCAACACGUUCGCUACUUUUCGGGUCAGGUUGAUCAGUACCAUGCUUGGCUUGUGGGGCAAGCCAAGAGGUACAUUCUGACGCAGGCGGGUUUCAAGUUGGAGGGUGCGGACUACAUCCUUGCAUGUCGGCAGUUUGAGGACUUCCACAUUCAGCACGGCAGGUUCGGGGAUUGGGGCGGGGUGGAGGGGCGUGCUCGUGGGCGCGCGUGCAGCGGCGACGGCGAGACGAUUGAGUGCGCGUCUUGGUGGUCUAAGUUCGGGUCGGGCGCGCUAGAGUUGCAGCGGUGCGCUCUUCGGGUGAUGCACAUAUGGUCUUGCGCCUCUCCAACGGAGAGGAACUGGGCAGUCCACGAGUGCAUUCACACGAACAAGAGCAACCAGUUGGCCUUCGAGAAGGUCGUUCAACUCGUUGAGAUCACCGCAAAUGUGCGGUUGACGGAGUAUCGACGAGCUGGAUGCGUCCGCCAGCUGAGGUUACGAUCACCUUCCUCGGGGAUAUUGCGGGAGGAGGGGGCACUGUCGGCAGCAGCAGAGGUAGUCGAUAAGGCUAUGCCGGCGGUGGCGGACGCGGCGAUCGCAGCUUCGGUGGACGAGAUAGCAGCAGCAGUGCUGGAGGAGAUGGCAGCAUCAGUGCUGGCGGGGGAGGCACCAGCGACAGGAGGAGCAACAGCAUUGGAGGGGCAGGUGGCAGCAGGAGGAGGAGCAACUGGAGGAGCAGCAGUGGAGGAGGAGGAGGCACCGUCGGCAGCUGCAGUGGAGGGGGGGUGCCAGGACCCGAGCAGACUCCACGCAAGCGUGGAGUGCCUCCGCGUCCACGCCCCGUGCCUGCAGAGGGAGGCACUGCACUUGGAGAGUUCGGGAACGGAGGGGUUGGGGAUGCCUCGUGGAUCCCACCGUGAGCAGACCGUUGCAGAGGCUAGUGCGAGGGUUGUUAUGUUGCGGAAGGGAGGAGGCCCGGUCACCAUCGAGGAGGAUGAUCUUGAUAUGGAUGUGGUUGUGCGGGAGGCGGACGAGGACUAUGAGGGCGAGGAGGAGGGAGAGGAGGAGAGUAGGAGCGGUUCCGAUGGUGAUGACGGCGACGACUACGAUGAGCCCCCACCUCCCCCAGGACCCCCAUCAACGAGUGCAUCUACACGCUCCGCCGCGCGGACUUCUUCAUCCUCACGAGGGAGGAAGAGGUCGACAUCCGACACUCGAGGGGGUACGAGGAAACAGAGCGGGAAUGGGGAAGAAGGGUCGUUGACCGAUGAGGCCAACACUCCGCUUCUCCCCUACUCGCAAUGUACUUCGUCAUGUUCUGCAGUCUUAGUUUUUUCGGUCGUCUGAGUCGUCUCGUCUUGUGUCAGUAUUGUCAGACACUCAGUGGUAGUGUGCGUGCUUUACUUG